AUGUCUGACGUCGACGACGAGCUUCUCGCUCUCGCAGGUGGAGAUUCUGAUGAUGAAGGUUCUGGCAACGAGAGCAGAGGCGGAUCGCGAUCGCCGCCUCCAGCGAAGAGAAGUGGUUCCAAGAAAGCGGCGGGAAAGAAGUCGCGACGAGCAAACGAUGACUCUGAGGAGGAGGGCGAGGCGUCUGCACCAGGAACGCCAAAUUCCCUUGAGUCCGCUCCCAUGGAUGAAUCUGACUCCGACGAUGAACCAUCGCGAGGUCGAGCAGCGGCUACAGAUGACGACGACGAGGCCUACCCAAUUGAUGGUAGAUACAAGAGUCAGAAGGAAAAGGCAGAGAUCAUGGCCUUGCCAGAACUCGAACGUGAACAGCUUAUUGCUGAGCGUAUGACGGACAUAGAGCGUCAGCGACAGAACCGCCUGCUUCGCCAGAUGGUGAGUAACAUGGAGAAUGAGGAGCGCAAACAGGUCAAAAAGAAGCGCAGUGCUGGAACUGCGGAGCUGGAAGAUGGCGAUCGAAAGGCAUCACGACCGCGCACAGAGAGUAAGAGGGAAACCGCGAUGGACUCUUUGCGCCAAGCCAAGGCAGAGAAAGCACGUCGACGGGAGGAUCUCGAGAGACGAAAGGAUAAUUACUCUCCACGCAGACGUAACUCUGGGGCUGAGGAUAGUGACGAUGACUAUAACCGCGGACGCUCCCCAACUCCCGAUGCCGACGAAAAUCGCGAUCAACCGCCAGCUGAGUUACGCGAUUAUGACCGUGUUCGAUUGGGGCGAAACGAGUUCGCUCAGGUCUGUUUCACACCUGGAUUCGAGCAGGCUAUCACUGGAUGUUAUAUACGUAUUGCUCUUGGACCGCACCCUGAAACUGGUAUCGAGCAGUAUCGCAUGGCAGCCAUCAAAGGCUUCACGACCGGUCGACCCUAUGCUCUUCAGGGGCCUAACGGUGCAUUCGUUACAGAUCAGUAUGUCAAGGCGGCGCAUGGUAAGGCAAUCAAGGAGUUUCCUUUCAUCGCCGCCUCGAGCGGAAAGUUCACAGACAACGAGCUCAAUCGGUACAAGGUCACAUGCCAUAAUGAGGGUGUGACACUUCCAAGCAAGGCUUUCCUUACGGAUAAAAUCGAUGAGAUCAACGGCUUGAUUAAUCAUUCAUGGACCACAGAGGAAAUUAAGGCUCGACUGGCACGGAUAAAGGAGCUGAAACGGCGAUUCGACCCCGCCGAGCGAGAGCGCAUCGCCCACUUACUUGAGGAAGCAAGACAACGUGGCGAGCACGAUAAGGCCGAAGAGUUACAGGAAGAGCUCGACAACCUUGGUUCCCAGCGCUUAGCAUUCAGGACGAGUCUGGGCUCAUCAAAGCACAACGAAGUACCCAAGGGCCAAACUGAGCAAGAUCGACUGGCUGAGCGUAACCGAGAAAACCGGCGCUUGAAUGCGGAAGCUGUACGAAAGGCCCAGUUGAAGGAGAAAGCGAAGUCGAAGGAGAUCGAGGCAGCCCUUAAGCGUGGUGAAACCUACCAAGGUGACAUGUCAAGACGACUAAGGACCAAGGCCAAGUUCGUUUAUGAUGCUAACGAGAAAGUGGAACAAAAGCCAGCGGCUAACGGCAGCGGAGCCAAUACUCCUGGGACCAGCACACCGAAGGCGGCAUCCAAAUCUCAACUACUACCUCAUCUUGCAAAGUUGCAAGAGGAGAAGCAUAAGGAGAAGGGCAUCCCUACUAUACAUAAGCCGCUGAUGGAUGACGAUGUGAUUGGGUCACUAGACCUGGAUAUUGACGUCGAAAUUUGA